AUGACUUUGAUAAUGAUGGAAGAAGACAACCUUGAAGUUAUCUACAGAGACUUCGGGACCAUUCAGAGCUGGGCACGUCUCCUCACGAGAUUUGCCCUGGCCAACAUAAUAAAGAUUCCUGUAGUAAUCAAUAAAGAGUGGUCAGAUGACUUUGACAGUGAUUAUGAAAAUCCAGAUGAACCCUCUAAUUCAGAGACAUAUGUGGUACCUGGGGAAGAAACAGCAGAUGACAGCUAUGAACCACCUCUUACAGAAAAAGAGAAAAGGAAGCUCCCCACUGCACUUCCAUUUUCCAAAGGAGAAUAUGCAGAUAAUCGAUCACACCAGAGACAUUCUCCACCUUUCAGCAAGACACUUCCAGAUAAGGUUGAUUAUGUGGUUCCUGUUGAGGAUGAAGAUGAAAAUUACAUCCAUCCUACAGAAAGCAAUUCUCCCUCAUCUGAGUAUGCUCCCAAAGUGAACAGAUCCGUCAAACUUUCUAGUUCUGCAUCACCAAACCCUCUCUCACGUGUACUUGCUUUGGCUCCAGAAAUGUAUGAAAUUCCUGUAAGUGAGACAUCAUCAUUUCCCCCAUAUUAAAAACC